GAGAGAGAGAGAGAGAGAGAGAGAGAGAGAGAGAGAGAGAGAGAGAGAGAGAGAGAGAGAGAUGGCGACAUUCCAGCAGCUGGAGAUCGCAUUCUAUGACGUGGCGACGACCUAUCCUGUUCGUGAGGGCGAUCCGGUGGAGUUGGUGGAAUUCGGCGCCGUGAUUGUGGCUGCACAAGGAUUUUUCGAGACCGACUCUUAUUCUACGCUGAUCCGGCCGUCCACCCUAUCGCUUAUCACUGCUCGCAGUGUCGCUUCCAAUGGUAUAACCAGAGAUGCACUUCGUGAUGCUCCAACGUUUGCGGAUGUGGCGGACACCAUCUACAAUGUGCUGAAUGGAAGAGUAUGGGCAGGGCACAACAUCAGCCAGUUGCACAACCAGCGCAUCAAGGAGGCGUUCAGGAGAGUGCAUUGCGAACCUCCCACGCCAGUGGCUAUCGUGGACACGCUCGUGCUGCUGAGGAACUGCUUGGGGGCAAACAUUCGAGACUUGCAGAUGCCGUCUCUGGCUGCGUAUUGCUGUCUCGGGAAGCCCGUCAAUAGGAUUCAGGAUCAUAUCAGGCUGAAUGUCGAGGUCUUGAAGAACUUCGCAGUCAUGCUCCUGCUGGAGGAUCAGUUUCCAGAAUGGUUCCUGGCUGGUGGAGUGCGAGCAUCCAGACGGGAAUCUCUCGUCACUGGGGAUUGCUGCUUGAGGGCAGACGAGUUUCCUCUGCCAAGGGCCAAGAAGCUUGCCACACACGACAAAAGAAAGCUGUCGAAUCCGGAUGAUGCCGAAGACCAGAAUCGACUGAGCACGUCAUCGCGGCACUCGUUUGGUGCCACUGGCGCCGAUGUCCCGUGGGGGGGGAACACAGGAGAAUGUCUGCCCGCUGCUGGCUGGAGGUCUCAAUCUCUUUCUCCGCCGACAAAUCCAUGCGCAGAGCAUCAGCACACCAGGACCACGGCUAUGCCGGCCAAGCCAAGAAGCCGCAGUGCGAGGCCAGGGCUUCCUCUUCGCAAGACCGUAUCUUUCCAAGUCCCCGUGGAUACCGUCCAUAACAACACGCGGGAAAGCAGCACAGGCACAGUGACAGGUCAGACUCCUGCUGAAUUGUACGUUCGUCAGAAAGCGGAACCUGAUGCAGGACGGACAAUCGCUCAUGGAAAGAGGAAUGAAGCCGAACUAAUUGAGAAGGUCACAACGGUUCAGAGUGUGAAGUCUCGGAUUGCAAUGUUUGAAAGAGCUGCUUCUUCUGCAUGCCCAGCUCUGCCAACGACGAAAGGCGGACUGUUUCCUUGUUUCACUUCCAUUGGAGAGAGGAAGAGAGCGGCAACAACUACCGCCGCAACCUCAGACUGCCCGACGGUGCCAGCAUCCUAUCCUAAAGACACCAAUGAACCUGGGGCCAUCAAGAACGAUCCACGAACGGUUGCUGCUGUCGCUGUCGUAGGGGGCGGGAAUGGGAACGGGACCGUGGUAGUUGGAACUGGGACUCUAGCUGUCCCAACUUCGGAUGUGUCAACUCCUGCUGUUCUCAUCCCGGCACCUGCAGUCGUUUCCUCCGGUACAGCUGGCACCGCCGCUUCCGCUGCUGCAGCUGACCCAGCUGGCAUGACCACUGCAGCUGGGACUGCUGCUACGGCCGGGACCUCUGGUGGAGCUGGGUCUGCGGAUACUGUUGGGAUUGGUGGAAGUGGGACCACCGCAGCGGUGGAUGUAGCAACAGUUGCUCCGGCAAAGAGUACCAAGACGACUGCAAUUAGAAAACCGUGUGAAUGUGGGAAAACGCAGCUGUUUUCAGCUCUCGGGAAAGAGAUCUCCGUUUUGCCAGGGAAGGAGAACGGGCAAUUGGCAGCUUUGUCAUCAACUCAAAGCCGAGUAAAAGCUAGGCGGCUGAGUUGCCUGGGUCCGGAUGCACGCUCGCUUCCACCACUAGACGAUAUGACGAAGGCAAUGGAGGAAAAGGGAAACAGGGAGCAGCAGAUGAAGUUCACCGCAACGGAGCUGUUCCCUGCACCUGAUGCAGCUCAGACAGCCGCUGUUGCUGGUACUUCGCUGUUCCCUGCACCUGCUGCCGCUCAGACAGCCGCUGUUGCCGGUACUUCUACUGCAGCUGCUAAGAGCGUGUGUUCCAAUUCUAAGCACAGUACGAGAGGAGCUGUCGGUAGGCAGAGUGGCAAUCCCCGAAGAACGAUGUUCUGCUCUGUGGGAGUGGAAAGUGGUCGGAAUCGUAAGCCCGUUGAUUCCCCGGACAGGAGCUCCUCGUCUUCCUCCUCACAGCAACGAUCGACUUCUCAGUCUCUCUCAGACACUGCGACUACUAGGACUGUCACCACUAAUAGUACUAGUAAUGCCACGAGUGCAACGAGUACGAGCACGGGAACGAGCGUGGAGGACUCGGUGAGAAGUUUCCGAGGUGAGGAAGUGGAGAGCAGGUCGGCGGAGGAGAGAGCUACAGCAGCCAGGUGCGGCGGAGGGAGAAGCGGACGCUCUCCCACUAGUAUUUUGCAUCAUCAGCAAGACACUAUCUCCUCUCGCAAACGGAGUGCCAGCAUGCAAUCGCGGCCGUUGCCUACUCCAGCUGGUGUUUGUCCCCGUGCUGCCGCUCCAACGGCCGUAGCAGCAGCACCAGCAGGAGUAGGCAGCAGGCAAAACAGCAAACGAGAUCUCCAGCCUUCUGUUCCCCGGCAAUCGGAUGAGCAGCAGCAGCUGCUGAGGAGAGCUGCAUCAGCGAGAGGUCCUGCAACUGCUGCAGUUGCUAGCCCAGCGAUCCACACACUUGCUGCACGAGCUGCAGGUCCGUCCCUGAUGGUCACACAAGAGAAGUCUUCUAGUUCUGUGUGUGCGCCGCCUCAGAAACGACGAAGCUUCUUGUCGAAAUCUUACCAGCCAUCUGUCUGCCAGGUGGGAGUCGCUGCCCAGAAGAAUGUUCGCAAUGUGCAGACACCGCAGGUUAGUAUCAGGGUAGAAACCAGCAGCACUCUGCUCGAGCUGCCUAACACUGCCAGUGCCACGUGUGUUGCAGUGGGCGAAUUGGCAAACGAUGCGAAGCCUGUUGCAGACGUCAGCGGCAGUGGCCACGUCAGCAAAUCAGGGAAGGAAGAAGCUACGGAGGGAGAUUUGCCACCAACGAACACCGUAACGUCAGCGAGUGCCCCCCUUUGUGGCGACAGCAGCAAGCAUAAAGUGACUGCAGCAGAGCAGGCAAACUCGGCCAGCGACGGGCAACAAGCGAAACGCGGGGAGGAGGAUGCAAGUCCUGCACGCGAGGCUGUACAGAGCUACUCCCCUGAAGCUCAGACUGUUCCUGACGGAACGAUCAAGAGGGUUGAUGUCAAGGAUCUGGAUGCAACAGUCAAAAAGAUCGACGUAAAAGACGUGGUAGAGACCGAAGGUUCAUCUCUGAAGAUGCCUACGCAGGAGCUAAAAGCGACAGAGCACGUGCCUGUCGAAGAGCAGUCUUCGUCUCCAUCGUGUCCAUUGAUAUCAUUUGAGGAUCUGACGACGGUUGAAGCCUCUGGCAAUAAUGCAUAUGCAAAUGCUGCUCCGGAAAUCACGAGUACCAACGGUACAAUGAAUCUCACUUGUGCCACUGGUACCACUUAUACCACUGGUACCCCUAAUAUCACUGGUACCACUAAUAUGACCGGUACCACUAAUAUCACUGGUACCACUAGUACUACGAGUACCACUAGUACUACUAGUACCAGUGGCAGUAUUGGGACCGCUGAUAGCAGUGGUGUAGUGAACAGUGGCCCUGAAUGCGAGUCGCUCUCUGAGAAUGCUAGUAAAGAAGAUGACGAUGAUGAUGAUGAUGAUGAUGAUGAUGAUGAUGCUGUAUCCAAGGAAAGUGGCGCUGUCAGCUCAGUCGAGUCUGAGUCCUCACCUGUGGUACCUUCUUCUCUGGCUGCUCUGCUUGGCGAUGCUCCACACGGCAUCCCUGGAGUGGAAGAGAACGCUCUCUCGCUCUUUGUUUCUAAAUCUUGUGGCCAACCGGGUGCACUGUGGCAGCCUUCCGGUGGCAGUCUGUACCACGAGGCCGUUCCAUCCGCUCUUGCUGUGGAUGUGUCUGAUGUUGAUCUGGAGGAUCUGGGUACUAAAAUCAGCUCCAGCAAUAAACUCUCCUUAUGUUACAAGGGUAAAGCUCUUUGCCGCUUCAGGGAGGAAAACGCUCGCCUGAGGGUUGUUGUUGGCAGUGCCCUGAAUGUCCACAACUUAGGAGGGCCGAGCUUGUGUCCUUCAAGUGUCGGCAUAGUCGUGGAGCCCUCGUCCUCGGCAAUAGACCUUGUGAGAAAGUGUGAAGAUCUGGUUGAUCGCAAGCAGAGGGACACGGGAGUGACGUGUAAAUGGCGUCCGGUGGUCGUGGUUGACGACACUGGAAAGGAAUCUGCUGAAGAAGACGCAUGUCGAAUGAGGGUUGAGCUGGUUGGUGGACAGAACUGUUCUGCAGGAACAGGGUUCUUCCGGUACCGUCCAUUCGGGCAAAUGCUGGAGAGGUUGGACGUCAAUUUAGCAGAUGACGUCGCCUUGAGGGACAUUCUCCCAUUGGAUUCGCUCAUCGAAAUAGAGUUCAAUGUGCAUGCCUACGAGCAACCCACGUGCCGCGGGUUGGAGUUGCUCGCUCACAAGGCUGUGGCGGAAUGGCAUGGAUGGAAGGAGGAUGUGGUUGCUGAUCUGAGAGAAGGGGUGGGUGGAUCUAUACGGGACUUCCAGAAGGUACUACAGUCAUACCGAGAAUUGUUCUGCUGCGGAAUCUGGCCAUGAUUGCAGUCUGUUACGGUGCAGAAUUUGCCCCCUAACUGACUAUCAGCGUGGAAGAAUCAACAGUGCAAAGAACU